UCUAGAAUUCUCACGCAUUCACGUACUCUGUUGGCCUUUUCAACUCUCUCGCUCUUCGCUCUGCUGGAAACAUGGCGAUUUCCGGCAAACACCGACCUCUCGACUGCUCUCUCCCUCCCGAGCUCACCUGCGAGACUCCCUGCCCCAGCCUCAAGCUCUACUUCCUCAUUGGAAUCCUCAGCCUCUCCACGCUCUCCAUCGCUCUCUCAUAUUCAUAUACCUCUGCGUCCUUCUCAGUUGGACCUCAAAGAAGCGAGAAGUGCCAGCAAAAGGGACAAAUUCUCGGGAAUCAGUUGGACCUUCUUACGAGGUUUUUCUAAGUUUUCAUGGACAAGACACCCGUCAUAGAUUUACCGAUUUUCUUUACCAUGGCAUGGUUGAGACCGGGAUCCUCGUCUUUAGGGAUAAUGAAUCCCUCCAUGUCGGUCAAAGAAUUGGUGAUGAACUUCUACAAGCCAUCCGAAACUCCAAGAUCUACAUUCCCAUAUUCUCCAAGAAUUAUGCAUCGAGUCACUGGUGCCUUCGAGAGCUUGCAUACAUGGUUGAGUGCGCCUCCAAAUCGAAAGGGAAUAAAGAGAUUUUGCCCAUUUUCUUGGAUGUGGAGCCUGAUGAUGUCAAGCUGAAAACAAACUUAUACAGCAAGGCCCUUUCAAAGCAUCAGAAAAAGUUUUGCAUCGAAGUUGAAUCAUGGAAAAAGGCUCUUGUUGAUGUGGACAAGAUAAAGGGAUGGAACUUGAAGAGAGAUGAAAGCCAAGUAGAUCUGAAGCGAUCAAUAAUUCAAACAGUGUUGACUAAGUUGAACAUCAGCCUUAAAAAAAAUGUGACCGCAGAUCUAGUUGGACUUGAUGAUCGUGUAGAAGCUAUAAUUAAAAUGUUGCAUGUGGAAUCCGAUAAUGUACAAUUCCUCGGAAUCCACGGAAUGGGCGGGAUUGGCAAAACUACACUUGCCAAGGUCAUCUUCAACCGACUGUCUUCUAGCUUUCACGAAUGCAAUUUCCUUUCGGACGUUGGAGAAUCAUCACGACGCCAUGGUCUGGUACAUUUGCAAAAACAGUUGCUAUCCAAGUUCCCUAAUUCUCGUUCUCUCCUCGACCAAAUUUAUGAUGUGGAUGAGGGGACCAACAUGAUUGAGAGAGUACUUUGCAAUAAAAAAGUUUCUCAUUGUUCUUGACGACGUGGAUGAGAAAGAACAACUCAAAAGUUUAGCAGGAAAAAAUGAUUGGUUUGGUUUCGGUAGUAGGAUUAUUAUAACUACUAGGGACCAAAGUGUCCUAACCAAACUGGGAGAAGCAACAGAUGAAGGCCUUGCAAAUAUUUCAGCUUACGAAGUAGGUGAAAUGGAAUUUGAUCAUGCUCUUAAGCUUUUUAGUAGGCAUGCCUUUAGAAGAGACUCUCCACUAGAUCAAUAUAUCUCCAUUUCUAAAAAAUUGUCCAUACUUUGGGAAAGCUUCCUUUAGCUCUUCAAGUCACCGGUUCAUUACUUUCCGGUAAGUCUGAAACAUUUUGGGAAGACACUUUGAAGAAGCUUGAAAAAGCUCCCCCCAUGGAAGUCCAAAAAAAAUUGAUGAUAACUUACGAAAAGUUAGAUGAUGAACAAAAGCAAGUAUUUUUGGAUAUAGCUUGUUUUUUUGUUAAUGUGGAUAAAACAUACCCUUCUUACAUGUGGGAUGCUUGUGGAUACUGCCCACACAAUGCCCUGGAAGUCCUCUUUCUCAUGUCCUUGAUAAAAAUCAAGAAUGAUAAUACUUUCUGGAUGCAUGACCAAGUGCGGGACCUCGGAAGGGAAAUUGUUAGAAAAGAGAGCUUUGAUGAUCCUUGCAAGCGUAGCAGAGUGUGGAAUCCUGAGCAAGCACUACACAUUUUGAAGCAGAAAGAGGGGAGUAGGGACAUUAAAGCACUGUCGCUUCAAUUUCUUAAAGACAAGGCUUUAUUGGAGGCUGAUGAAUUUGUUAAUUUAGAAAAGCUGAGGCUCUUUCUAGGCGAUCGUGUGUCCUUUAUUGGCGACUUCAACAAUCUUCUAUCCGAUUUAAGAAUGCUUUCUUAUUCUGGUGGUAGAAGGCAUUUUUAUUAUGACGGUCCUUCCAUGUUUCAAGCAAAAAACUUUCAGCUAACUAAUUUAGUCGUUCUUGACCUUUCAUAUAGCAACAUUUCGGAAGAAAGUAUUGAUUGGAUCAAAGUACAAUACGAGUCCCUCUCCUUGUAUUUGUAAAUCAUUUCUUUUCAUCUUUUGUUGUAGGUCGUUUCUCAAUAGAUAUUUGAUCAAAUUGUUUUGCAGGAGGCAAAGAAACUAAAAGUCCUAGAUCUCAGCAAUUGCUAUGACUUAAGGAGAGCACCCGAUUUAUCUACGUUGGUGUCUUUGGAGAUUUUGAGAUUACGUGGUUGUUGGAAGAUAGAGAAACUUCCAGAAUCGAUUGGGAAAUUACAAUCAUUAAUCGAGUUGGAUUUGUUAGAAACAAGUAUUGAUCACCUACCAGAAUCAUUCAGCAAUCUAAAGCAACUGACAACACUUAGGAUGAGGGACAUUAAGGGAGGGUUGACAAAAUUACCUAGUGCGAUCUGGUUUGUUCAGUUAGUGAUUCGUCCUUUUUGGUCCGAGACAAGUGAGCAGUACUGUUUGAAAAUGCCAGACUUGUCAUGGACCCAAAUAUCCGGAUUACCCACCGUGGCGAGUCUCGUCUCUAAUAUCCGUGAACUUGAGAUAGCCGCACAGGAGAGCAGUCGGUUGGGGAAUCCGACGUGGACCCCUCUUGGUGAGCUGGAGAAUGUCAUU